AUGCACAAACGACCAUCUUUACAUCCACUUUCGGACAGUCAAAAUAUUCUACACUAUGAGGCAGUCGCCAAAUCAGAAAUAUUCGAUAAUUCAAUGAAAAAACAAUUCCAAACACCAGAAAACAAGACUCAGAUUGAUGAAUUAGUAAAGAACGCCAUUGAAGAACAUUUUAAAUUACCUUACACCAAGAGCGUUUUUUCUCUAUUGAUGAAAUGCAAUACACCAUAA